AUGCCGCUCCAGAAGUCGUAUUCUGAGCGGAUUGGGCUACCGAGACAACGCUCACCUUGGCAGCGGUCUCACAGCCACCCAAACAAUUUGCAGGCCCCCAACUCGAAGAAUCUGAUUCCCAUCUCCGAAGUGACGAAGAAAAAGCUCAACAAAUUUCUUUACCAGGACUCGAAGGAUGGGAUGAUUGGAAAUAGUGCCACUCCGGUGACUCGGUUGAACUGGAGCGACCUCCUCGAGCCAUGCAGCCAAGUCGAGGAGGAUACCAACGCUUCUCCCAGCGAAAAGCUGCUGUGGAAUAACAAGCAGGAUCCGAAUGCAUUCGCCACCAUUUCGCCGAUGAUGCCCCGCAAAGGCAGAAAGAGAGCCAGGAGCUCUUCGCCGAUCUCUUCGCCCCCCACCGAGAGAAUUACGACGCCGACGGUCAAUGUCAAGAAACUCGCCAAAGCGUUGAAGGUGCCUCACCCAGACCCGACUCUGGAACUGUGGGAUCGCUAUUCGCUGAACGGGCCAGAGGGACAGUCUGCCGUCACUGGUGUGACGAAUCCCAUCCUGGCUCAGUUGAUGGUAUCAUCAUCUCCGAGACCGUACAAAAAUCAGACUGCGCAGGUGGACCAGGGGGACCUGCGCCGGGCCGCUAGCUGUGGGUUCAGUUGGCCCAAGAGGAGGAGGGUUGAAAAGUCCAAGUCUGGCAGCCAGAGUAGCACUGGUCAGCGAGAGCUAGAGGCUGCGUCCAAGUCGUCUCUCGUCACAGCAUUGCUGGACUCAGUCACGAGUAGUAUUCACGACCAGAACCCGGAUGAAGACACUGAUAUUGGCGCAAUGGAUUCACCAUCUCUUAAGAAGAGACAAGCUGCACCCCAGAAGAACAACUCCCCGUCGAGAAACUCAAGACGCCGAUUGCCAAGUCCAAAUAUCUCGGACUACGGCGAUGAUGAUGAUCUUGAUGAUGAGUUCUUGAUGCUCGAAGAAACCUUGCAGGCAUCCCAGGCGUCUCAGGCAAUCCGGGCAUCUCAAGUGGCAGAGUCUACUACAACGGUCAAUGGAAGUACACAGAGACUAGAGAAAGAAGAGAAGCAGGGAUUGGGGAAGAAGUCAGCCGUGGAUGAAUUUGACGAUUUCGAUGACGACAUCUUCGACGGCGCAGAUGAUUUGCUGGAGCGGUUAGAGAACAAGACGCCAGUGCCAGUGAGGAGGAUACAAAGGGCAGCGAAGCCAUCCCCGAAAAGGAAAACCACCAAGAAGCAAGUUGAUCUGGAUGACGAGUUCGACGAUGUCUUUGACGGGGAUGUCGACUUUGAAGCAGUUGAAUACGCUGCGACUCAAGCGAAAAUCAAGACUAUUCAGCGAUAUUUAGUAACCAGUGUCUUAGACGGUGAAUACGUCGAUCAAUACAACCGCACAUGUCCGGAAAAGCUGGUGUCCGCAACUGUUGUGGCCGAUUCUUUUGGCUGUAUGCGACGAGCAGUUCUCCAAGAUCGAGUCAAGGCCACCAGCGAAGCCUCUCCCCCUCUAGUCUACGGAACGAUGCUUCACGAAAUCUUCCAGGAAGCAUUACUCGCCAACAAGUUUGAUCUCCCUUCCCUAGCCCAGUUGAUUGAUAAAAACAUCGAGAAGCAUAUCGAGGAUUUGUAUACGAUUAAAGUUGGGGUUGCGGCUGCGAAAGAACAUCUCCAAUCAAAAAUGACGGAGCUCAGCUACUGGGCUAGGAGCUUUGUUGCUCCUCAACCACAAGCUGAUGCCAUCGUCGAAGGAAGAAAUGGCGAUAGAGCUACUAUUGCCGUUAGAAAGCUCCUUGACGUAGAGGAGCAUGUCUGGUCGCCUAUGUAUGGGCUGAAAGGAAAUAUCGACGCAACUGUCGAAGUCGCAAUGACAGAUGGCAAACAGAGCCAAGUGUUAACUGUACCGUUCGAGGUCAAGACUGGCAAACAUGCCAACAGCAACCACAUGGCGCAGACGGCCCUCUACACCCUACUAUUGUCAGACCGCUACGAUAUUGAUAUUGCUUAUGGCAUCUUAUACUAUAUGGAGACGUCCAAAACGAUGCGAAUUCCAGCUAUUAGACAUGAACUUCGACACAUGGUUAUGCAGCGAAAUCAACUGGCAUGUUAUAUCCGGGAGCGAAGCGUCCAGCUGCCUCCCAUGUUGAAGAGCAAGCACAUGUGUGGAAAGUGUUAUGCAAAAACUUCCUGUUUCAUCUAUCAUCGGCUAGCAGAUGAUGGUAACGGAGAAUCCAGUGGCAUGAAUGAGAAGUUUGACGAGGUCAUAAAGCAUUUAACGCCGAAACAUCAAGACUUUUUCAUCAAGUGGGAGAAUCUGCUGACAAAAGAAGAAAAAGAAGGGCAGAAGACUAAAAGAGAACUUUGGACGAUGACAAGCACUGAGCGAGAGAAAAAAUCACGUUGCUUUUCUGAUGUCAUCAUUGAAGAAGGAUCUGCGUCGGUCGACGAGGAUAAUCCACGGAUUAAUCGAUACCACUACACCUUUAUCAAGCGCGAGCCUCCGCCCAACUUUACGUUUAUCGGAUCAGAGUUGACGGUUGGCGAGCCGGUUGUCGUAUCAGACGAAGAAGGCCAUUAUGCUUUGGCGAUUGGCUACAUCACUUCUGUUCGAAAGCAGAGGAUAAGUGUUGCGGUGGACCGACGGUUACACAAUGCCCGGAUCCGACAGCCUGGAUUUGAUGAAGCCAACAAUCAGGUUUUCGCCAGCAUUAUGGAAGUUGCGCCGGAGGGCGCAUCCGUUGAUCAAAGCCAAGGGAAAAUCAAGGAGCCGCCCAUUAGAUACCGCCUUGAUCAGGACGAGUUCAGCAAUGGCAUGGCCACUGUGAGAAACAACUUGAUCCAGAUGAUGGCAAAUGACGUGCCGGCCGCGGUGCAGAUUCGCAACUUGAUUGUCGACCUGAUUCCUCCUAGAUUCAAAACAGUAGCAACUCAGUACACUGUUACAGACGGGGAGAACUUGAACGUCGAUCAGCAACGAGCAAUCGAAAAGGUCAUGAGCGCGCAAGAUUAUGCGCUUGUGCUGGGAAUGCCUGGCACCGGAAAGACUACUACCAUUGCUCACAUCAUCAAGGCUCUUGUUUCACAAAACAAGACAGUGUUACUGACAUCACAUACGCACACUGCUGUUGACAAUAUCCUCCUCAAGCUCAAGUCGGAUAAAAUCCCUAUUCUCCGACUUGGUGCCCCUGCCAAGGUUCAUCCCGAAGUUCAAGACUUUGUACACCUUGCGGGCCAGCCGAAGAAGACAUUUGAGGAGAUUAAGGAAGCUUGGCACGCAAGGACGUUUGUUUUGGUGGGAGACCAUAACCAGCUACCUCCGGUCGUGAAGAAUGAGGAAGCUCGGCAGGGCGGCUUAGAUGUCAGCCUCUUCAAGCUGCUAUCUGAUACGCACCCGCAGUCCGUCGUCAAUCUAGAACACCAGUACCGUAUGUGCGAAGACAUUAUGACUCUCAGCAACACCCUUAUCUACAACGGCAGGCUUCGCUGUGGGACGGAGUCUUUACGCAAGAAGAAGCUUCAUAUUCCCAGCAUGGAGUCUCUUAGACAGCGCCAUCAUGACUCAACAACGAUACAUCGUUCUGGGGCGACUGGUUCGUUUUGUACCGGGCCCGCCCCUUCGCGAUGCUGGCUUUACGAUCUCUUGGAUGCUGAAGCUCGCGUUCGAUUUGUUGACACUGACACAAUUCGUCCCUCCGUCCGAGAAGAGGCUCAAGGCAAGCGUAUCAUCAACUCAGCUGAAGGACAAGUCGUCUCGCAGCUAGUCGAAAGCUUGCUCACUGUGGGCGUUCCAGCCACUGAGAUUGGUGUCAUGACACACUACCGCGCACAGUUACACCUCCUGAAAGAUAAACUGAAGCAUUUUCCUGGCGUGGAAAUGCACACAACAGAUCGCUUUCAGGGGCGAGACAAGGAAGUCAUUGUGUUGAGCCUGGUGCGGAGCAACGAGGCGUGUAAUAUUGGAGAUUUGCUCAAGGAUUGGCGACGUAUCAACGUGGCGUUUACACGUGCAAAGACGAAGCUUCUCGUUGUCGGAAGCAUGAACACCCUCAAGGGAAGCGGAGAUGAAAAUAUGCUGAGCAAAUUCAUCUCGCUGAUGGAUGAUCGUGACUGGAUAUAUCACUUGCCGGAUAAUGCGCUUCAGAGCCACUGCUUUGAAGAUUUGAGCACACAACUUACUGGCGCAACGCAGCGGACACCCCGAAGGUCACCAAAGCGGCCGACGAAGUCGAGUCCCACUUCGUUUAAGGACAAGGAGAACAAGAAGCCGUCGCCGAGAAGAGCAAGGAUGGGGGAGGCGAUGCUACUCAAGGGGAAGCUGAUUACGCGGGAUAUACUGAAUGAAAUGACCAAUGGCGCAUAUUGA